UCUUCCAUCUCUGGGCGCGGGGCGGUGUCAGGGCUGGUGCGGAAGCCCCGCGGGGCCGGGACGCCGGCGGGGGUGGGGUGGGGUGGGGCUGUCUGUGGCGGGAGUGGCGCAGGGCUGGGCGUGGGGGCAUCUCUAACUGCCGUGGCUGCGCCGGGUGUCCCAGGAGCGCAUGCCCGCUCUAGUUUGCGACCAGCCCCUGUGCAGCGUGACUUUUGCCACACUGCCUGCAUUUCCCUACCCGGAUCCGCCUCCCCUGCCAGACUCCUUGCCUCUUGAGGAUGCAGCCUAGCUCUUGUUCUCUCUGCCCCCAGAACGCAGUCCCGGCGCGGAGCAGGCAUCAACACAUGCAUUUAAAAAUGAGUAAAUGGAAGAUCCUAAGCGUUGGGUAGAUGCUGGGUGUGCUGAGGGUCUGGAUUGUUGACAGUUCAUCUGAGAAGGCUUCUUGGAGGACGGACUGAACAGGCUCUGGCAGGGGAGAGAUGUGACUUGGUGCAGUGAGAGGAUCUUGGGGAAGCCCCAGAGUGACAUCCUCUACUAACUUAACAAUCAUCGAACAACUUCUAUUGUCAGGCCUCGUGCUGGGCACAGGGGACCACAGCCUGCGCUCAAGUUGCUUCCCCUGUAGUAGAGGAGGAAGACAGGAUAGGCCGUGCCAAUGCAGAGUGCCCGGUGUCACAUGGUGAGCACACGGAGAUGCGGCAGUGUAGAGGGGCGCCUGGCUGGGGUGGGGGCGGUCAGGCUUCCCUGAGAGCAGAGGGAGAGCCAGCUUCAUCGUAAGGGCUGGUACACCAAAGGAAGGAGAUGGACUCCAUCCUGGGUGCCUGGGAAGCCAUGGACAGCUUGCACAAAAUGGGGUAGUGACAUGAUCUAGUCCUGCAGGCCACUGCCCAGCAACGCCUCGCCUCGGACCCCCUCACCCGAGAAGCCUUCUCUAAGCCCCCUGUCAGGCUGGACCCUUCUUCUAUGUUCCCCUGGCAGCCUGGUCACCUCCCCUUUUCUGUGAACAGUUGAAUACCUCUGCUCUACUGAGCUCCUUGAGACAUGAGACCAGGUCUUAAUCUUCUCCGUGUGCCAAGCACCAGGCGGUGAAUCUUGCUCGUGACCAAAUGUUUGCUGAAUGAAUGGAUUGCUCCUUUUUUCUCUGGAUUUCUAGAGCCCUUACUCUGAGGUCCACAUUCUUUCACACCCGGGACCCGUGCUGUAUGCUGACAAUGUCAUUUAAUUGGGAAAGAGGAGGCCCAAUUCAAAUCCUGGCUCCAUCAUUCACUGGGACAAGUCGCUUGACUAUCUUGAAAACUCAGUUUCCUCACCUGUAAGAUGAAGAGUCCGGGAAUCUCCACAUGCAUGAGUGUUGUUUCCUUGGGUAGACUGGACAUUCCAUGAAGGUUUUCCCCAGCACCUAGCUUAGUCUGAGCUUAGGGAGAAUACAGUGCUCAGGCCUGUUGGUUGGUAGACAGCAGAGUGCAGAGUAAGGGGAAAGAACAUUUAAGGUGACGUUGUAAGUCCUGAUCUGCCACUUCUGGUGUGAUUUUGAGCAAGGCUCUUCCCCUCUCUGCGUCUUCUUUGCCUUACCCUGCGAGUAGGGGUAGUGACCCUCAUCUGGCCGACCUCACGGGGCCAAUGGAAACCACAGAUGUGAAAGUGCUUCCUGAAUGAAAGGGAUGAUAUAGUAGAUAAUUGAUCGUUAAUUUAAAAAAUAACUGAAGUAGUGCAGAUGAGGUGUGUCUGGUGAUUGGUAGAAAUGCCCCAGGUAUGUGCUGACUACCUCUGAGGGGCAGAGAUGCUGGCGUGCUGCCCUCCAGGCAGGGGUGGGCUGGGCUGGGCACAGAGGUGUUUGGUCUUGCUGGAGUGAGCCUUGAGGCCCAGGAGAGCCUGGGAGGGGGGACUCCUGGGGAGGAAGUAGGCAGCCAGCCCUUGGCUCCCCUCCCCUCUCCGAUUUCUCAGCCAGCAUUCUUCUUGUCUUAGGUUUGGAGGGGCCCUGACGUCUGAGAGGGUCUCAGGAGUCCUGAUGGCCUUGGUGAAUGAGACUGGCCUGGGGGAGGAGUGAGCCCCAUGAACCCUGCCCAGUUCCAAACUCCAAGCCCAGCCCCUCCCAGCCUCUGAUAUCUUGGUGGACGGGUUUAUGGGAAAGGACCAUAAUUUGUCUUAACUCUGGCCCAGACCAGAGGGGCCUGGGGCUAGACACUGGCUGAGAGGAGGAAGAGGCUCAGCUUCCUCCCCUCUCAAAUGAGGAUUAAAUGAGGAAGUGGCCAUGAAAAUACCUUGGAACUUGUGUAUUUCAUUCAGGGGCAGGAUUACUGUUUGUGGGUAGCAGCUUGCAGCAACCAGCGGGGCUUCCCUGUUCCAGAAAGCCCUGGGGCUCUUCCUCCAAAAGAGACUUCAUGUCACAAGCAGUCUAUUGUACGGAGUGCAUGUUUGGUCUUAGAGGAAGAGCAGAGCCCGCCAGGCUGUGAAAACGGGCUGGGCCAACCCAUUGCCCAUAGCCCUGAGGGGCUGGGAGGCGUGAGGAGCCCCCGGGCAGGGCUGCUACCAGAGGGGGAGGCUGAUGCUGCCCUGCAGGGCUGGCCAACUGAGCUCCUCCUCGGUCUCCUACCCCACAAACCUCCUCCUGCCCAGAGCUGGGCCCCCAGCCAAGGAAGCACCAGAUUGAGAACCUGGCAGCGGGAUUACCUUCUACUCACCUAGCACGUCACUUUGAGCCAAUGUCCCAGUUCUCUGAACCUCAGUUUUCUCAUUCAUAAAAUCAUGAUAGCACCAUCUUCUGAGGUCGUCAGGAUCAGGAGCGAGAACAUAGUGGAAGGUGCUUGUGAACUAUUCCGUGCUGUCCAUGUUCAUUUCUUGUGUCUCACCUCUUCCCCUGUGGGAGCUGGGCCUGCUGUUCUGGUUGGGGCCCGUCAGAAGCAGGACCUUGGGGCACUCCAGCGGCAGCCCUGUCCUGAGGGAGUGAGUAUGGCUUGCGGAACAAAGGAGGCUGACUCCAUGGCGGUCUCUUCUGUGCUUUCUACCCCUCAGGGAGCCUCUCACCCCCUGGGCUAUUCCUGGGGGGUGGGGGGUUACCCCUUCCCAGGGUUCUUUUUUAUUCCUCUGGGGCUCACCUCACGGGAAUAAAAAAGUAUUGAAAGUAACUUUGUAAUUGUUUUUUUUUUUUUUUAAAGAUUUUAUUUAUUUAUUUGACAGAGAGAGACACAGCGAGAGAGGGAACACAAGCAGGGGGAGUGGGAGAGGGAGAAGCAGGCUUCCCGCCGAGCAGGGAGCCCGAUGUGGGACUCGAUCCCAGGACCCUGGGAUCAUGACCUGAGCUGAAGGCAGACGCUUAAUGACUGAACCACCCAGGUGCCCCAAAGAAUUUUUUUUUUCUCCUUUUCUUUUUUUUUUUAAAGAUUAUUUAUUUAUUUGACAGAGAGAGACACAGCGAGAGCAGGAACACAAGCAGGGGGAGCGGGAGAGGGAGAAGCAGGCUUUCCACUGAGCAGGGAGCCCAAUGCAGGGCUCGAUCCCAGGACCCUGAGAUCAUGACCUGAGCUGAAGGCAGACGCUUAAUGACUGAGCCACCCAGGCGCCCUGUAACUUCGUAAUUGUUUUAACAAGGGCUUACCUAUGACAAAAGGCUCAUCUCUCCGAUGGGGGAAGGGUCCAUACCCCUUGUCCCCUGGGCCAUGGGGGUACCAGAAGAGUCACCACAUGGGCUGGAGGGAGGCCCGCACUAUGGCAAGGGGUACAGUCAAUUGGUUGUGCGGCCUCACUUGCUUUGCUGUUGUGCUUCCCCAAGAUGCUCAUCCUCAGCACCUUUGUCUUUGCCUCCUGGUCUCCUCCAUCUGCCUCCUGUCUCUCUUAUUCCAGACAGUGAAACAGUGUUGGGAGGGUGCAGUCCUGGGAUGAGGUCCGGCGAACAGGAACUGCCUGGUCCCUGGGAGCCUCUUUUGGGACUCUUUGACGUUGGGAACCCUUACCCCUCUCCCCUGAGCCCCAGAUCAUUGCACCAGUUUCUUCCUGACCAACAACCAGAGCUGUCCCCAGAUGAACGAAUUUUCCUGGAAGGACGUUACCAAUGCCUUGUCCCUGGCCAACCUGAUCCUGGGGCUCUUCUCCAUCUUCUGCAGCUUCUGCAAAAUAUACAACACCAAGAGUGAAGCCUAAGGUAAUCUACGGACUUCGGGUGACUAUGAUGUGUCAGUGGAGUUUCAUCCUUUGUAUGUACGAAGAAUCUAAAUGUACUGUUCUGGUGAGUGAUGUUGCCAAUGUGGGAGGCUAUGCAUAUGUGGGGGCAGGGGGCAUAUGGGAAAUUUCUGUAGCUUCCUUUCAAUUUUGUUGUAAACCUAAAAUCUCUCCAAAAAAAAAAAGUCUUAGAAAAACUGAAAAGAAGGGAGAUACAAAAUCAAUAAUGUAAGAUUUCUACCUUAGCAAACUAGGAGGGGAAAUGCAAAUUAAAUCCAAAGUAAGCAGAAGAGAAGAAAUAAUAAAAAUGAGAGCAGCCAUCAAUGAAAUUGAAAAUAAAAAAUCAGUAGAGAAAACCAAUGAAACCAAAAGCUGAUUCUUCGGAAACACCAAUUAAACUGACAAGCCUCUAGUCGGGCUAACCAAGAAAAGUAAAAAAAAGAAGAGAAGACACAAAAUACCAAUAUCAGAAAUGAAAGAGGAGCCAUCACUACUGAUCCCAUGGACAUUAAAAGUAUGAGAAAGGAAUAUUAUGAACAACUCUAUAAAUCUGAUAGCCUAAAUGAAAUGGACCAAUUCUGUAAGUCAUAAGUUACCAAAACUUGCCCUAGGAGAAAUAGAUCAUCUAGAUAGGCCUAUAUCUAUUAAGUCAUUUGGCACAAACCCCUCAUUUUACAGAUGGAGGAAGAGAGGCCUAGAGAUGCAGGGAGGGAUUUCUCUGAGAAUCCACAGUGAGAUGGUUGCAAAGGCUGGGCUAAAACAGAGGACUCCUGUGCCCUCAGAUAUGCCUGGGACUUAGCGCUGGAAGGGACCUUACUGAUUAUCUAUGGCACUCCAGGCACCCCUUUAAGACUGUGGGUUGAGAGUAUGGCAGGGGUGUGUGUGUGUGUGUGUGUGUGUGUGUGUGUGUGUGUGUGUGUGGUGUAUAAAGCAGUGUAUUUCAGAAAGAACAUGAGUGUGGGGACAUGCAGGGCAGGGGUGUGUGCCCGUGUGCAAGUGUAGGAAGUGUGUUGGUGUAUUGGGGGUAUGUGGAGUGGUUGGCCGGUGGAGGCCAUGAAGGAGCCGUCCUAUUUGGGCCCGCUGCCAUACACUUUAGGAGAAGCCACUGUGCCUCCUGGAUGCUUCUGAUCAGCUUCCUGUUAGACAUGGCAGUUGGGGCAAUAACCAGACACCUCAGCCUCUGCUCCAAGUCAGGAGUGGAGCUGAAUGACUUUGCGAUCUUCACCACCUUCGGCCUGGCCUCGGCCCUGCUCCUUGGCGUGGAUGGGCCUCUGAGUGGGUUCCUGGCUGUCAUCUAUGUGUUAGCUGCUACUUUCCGCCUGUGUUUCUAUUCAACUGCAGACGCUCAGCUCACGUACAGGGGUCUACCCUGCCGCUAUGCUUCCUGUGUCUUAGCCUCCACCUCCCUUCUGACCAAAGGCAACACGUUCAUUCUCUCCUGCAUGGCCUCACUUAUGAUUCUAUUCAUGAUGGACCAGAGCUACUACCCACACGAUGAAAUCCUGGAGUCUGAGAACUGGAAAAAAUUGGUUUAUCUGGGAGGUGCCAUCAUGCUGCUCUUGUCUCCGUUCUCUCUGACUGCGUUUUACUGCCUGUUGUGGUCGCUGUCCUACAUCUUCUUUCCGGAUGCUCUGUGGGGCAAAGCAGUGCGUCUCAGGCUACAGUGCUGAGAAAACUAAACAGCUUUACCCACGGCCACUGGCCUCUGGGGUUCGUGCCUGCACGUCGGGCCAAGCCUUGCUUUAUCCUCACUAAAUCUUUCCUUGUCCGCACGUCUCCUGUGUGCCAGAUAACGUGUGGCCUUGAACCAGAGCAACCCACCGCAGGCCCAGUGGCCUUCACAUCUUCCUCUUUGCUCAGGGUUCGGGAUCCCUUGGGGACAACAGCUGUUUAUAUCCUAUAGAACAGAAUGUUUUCCAAGCUCCAGUUGGGCCCGGCUGAGUUCUAGCCCUGUUACCAGCUGGGGGCGCUUGUGCACUCAGGUCAGUCCCUUGGAAAGGAGUGAAAGCCUGUAGAACUGGUCUAGUCUCCAGCUUGGCCGGUCUGGUGGUUAAGGCUCCAGUGGCAGGUGGGGCUUACUGAAGCGUUUCUUCAACUUGCAGGCUCUGCUUGGUAGAGCUCAUCACAGGACAAUCACAUGGACCAGUGUAAAUGCACGUAGGAUUUUGGAACUUGAAAUUCUGUACUUGAACAGUUCAAGCUUCUGCCUUUUGCUUCAGUGAAGAGAUUAGACACCCUGGCAGCUUGAGGGCAUCCCCUGGCUUCCAUCGGGUUUUCUCCUAAACGAUAAAAUACUAAACUCUAGAUGUUCAAAUGCCACUGCGUAUUCUAAAAUCCAAAUUGAGUAAAAAUAAAGAGUAUUGUAUGGACCCUCCCAGCUGCCCCUCCCAAAGAAUUGAGGCCGGCUGAAGGCAGCGACGCCCAGCACUGCCUCUGGACCACCUUCCAUCUCUAGGCAGUGUACCGAAGGACUGGUGGCUACUUCGGCCCCUUCCUCAACUGUGGAGCCGGAGCCCUUUUACCUAAUUUCUUGAAGUUUGCAGAACAGUGUAUUUGGUAGAUAUGCACUAAGUCUACAAUUGGAUUUUGAAAAAUAACAGUCCAGUGAAUCACAUGGCUACAACCUGGCUUUAAAGGAACGGAUAGCGUCCUCCUGGUCCCUGCUGCUCUCUGUCCAUGUCUCUGUUAUAUCAUUUAUGUUUUUCGUGGGUGGAUGAAUAUGUCUAUGUCCCACCAGAUUUUAGGCUCCUUCAGUUUACAUUUUUUUAAAUGUCUGCUGCUUACCACAGCACCUGGUACUCAAAAAUGUUUGCUUUGUAGAUGAAUUGAUUUCCCUGUGCAUUCUAGCGGGUUAUAUACAAGAUUACUAUAAUGUAAUAAGAAUCUUACAAAUGUAUACCUACAUACACAUGCAAAUAUGUGCUGUCCUUUGGUACUAUACCCUCAUUUCAGAGAUGCUACACUUCAUCAAAAUAUUUAGGAAAUGCAGCUCGAGAACUGUGUUCACAUAAGCUCUUAGAGGCCAGCACUUAGCGCAGUGCCUAGAUAUAGUAGGUGCUCAAAAAAUACUGUAUCCUGAACCAACCAGAUCUAGUCUAGGAACCCACUACUGAAGAUUUAGCCAACGAUGUCCUCUUUUGAGCCACAUGAGUUAUCAGAUUUGGCAUCAAAUGAUUCUGGCUACUUCUAAAACCUGAAACUACAUUCAAAGAGGAAGAUGCAAUUCCGAAAGAGGACUUCCACGCUACUUUUGAGCCACAGCAGCAGAGUUAAAAGAAAUAUGUGGACCCCUUAAGAGGACUGCUUUGAAAAGGAAAAUACCCAUUCGGAUAUGUAAAUUGUGCUCUGUAACAAUAAUAAUUCAUACUUCAUUGCCUCAGACGAAAGUUUGGGUUAGUGAUGCAUGAUAGUUAUAGGUCAGCUGAGAGCCUCUAGAUUUAACAGAGGGAUAUGUGCUUCCUUCCCAAUACAUGGAAGUAAGGCUGCCCUUCCACACUUGUUCCAGGAACUCAGGAUGCCAGUUCUAACGAUGCAGGCCUUUACUUCCUCAGUUAGGAAUAAAACUUAAAAAAUAGAAUAGCUAAAAUAGGACAUGUUAAAAUAAAAUAAUAUUCUAAUGUAGAAUAGCUCUCAGGAACAAGUUGCAAGUCUGAGACUAAAAAUAUACUUCUCAGAUGAGUUCAUGAAGUCAGAGGGCUUAGUUCUUGAUUCAAGGCAGUUCUGCUACUUCUCAACUUAAUGGAGUAUAGAUUUCCCUUCUAGUCCCCUCUUAGUUAACCUGUGCCCAGUGAGCAGGGUCAAGUGACUGAGAAUUCUGACUUUUUUUUUUUUUAGCUCUGUGAACUUGAGUGAAAGGUUUAAUCUCUCUAAACCCACUUCCUUAACUGUAAAAUGGGUUAUUUACUUCCUCUCUGGGUUGCUUUGUGAAUUAAAUAUGAUGACACAUAAAAUAACUAGAAUAGGGAAUGACUGUAAAAGGUAUUAAAUAAAAGAUCUCUUCCUCUAAACUUCCUCCCUUCCCAUUAUAUACCUUGCCAUUUAAAAUAAUAGUAAUAAUAAUAGUUAUCAUUUAUUUAGUCUAUUCUAUGUGUAGGAAUUGUUUCUUGCACUUUACUCUUUCACUUAAUCCCUCAUACAACCCAGUGACAUAGGUGAAUACAGGCUUAAGGUCGACAGUUCUUGAAGUGUGGUCUACGGACCCCUGGAGUUCCUGAGACCUUUUCAGGGUUAAAACUAUUUUUUAUUUAUUUUUUAUUUUUUAUUUUUUAUUUUUUUUAUGUAUUUGAC